AAUAUCAGUGCCUGGAAAAAAAAACACAUUAUACAAAACAUUGCCUCCCUCAGGUACGACAACAGGCGGUGAAAUUGUAUACAAUAAUUGAAAGGUGAAUUUACGUGGAGUCUUGUAACGUAUCAUGAUGACGACGGCGAUUAAUGGCAAUGUGCGUCCCCUAUCGGUCAUCUUUCGAAACUGAUCCGCCCGCGAUGGAGUAAAGGAGGAGGCCCAGUGAGGAUGCUGUCACCGGCUGUCAACAACCCCGAAAUGGCAACCGACAAAUUUCCAAACGUUUUGGUGUCAUGUAAUUAAUUGAUUUGUGUGGAUGAUGAUAAUGAUGGCGUCCCCGUGUACGGUUCAAGCCGUGCAGGAGUUCCUAAUGGAGCGAGGAGGGAGGGUCCAACAGAUGGAGCUGAUUGAUCACUUCAUGGCGACCGGGGGUGGUGGAAGUGACCCGUCGAAAGACGAGGAGGUUUUGAGACGCGUCGUGGACACGCUCGGUGUCGUGGAACUGGAAAGCGGCGUGAAAUACGUGCGUUUGAGUGAGGACGGGGACAGCCACGAGCACGCAACCGAGUGCAACGGGAACGUGCAUCGAACACCGGACAACAGCAACCUCGUCAGCAGCAACGGACAGCAAACAGGAGCUACCAGUCUGCCUUCUUGCAUUAUGGAUGACGUCAAGCAGUCCGACAGCUACGACCCACAUGAAGCCCCAUCCCAGACCAACAAGCUCAGCACUACUCCCGCUUCUGUCGGAGCCGUCGUGGAAGUGAAGCUGAGGGAGAGGAGGCGGCGCGAGUCGGCCCCGGUGAUCGGGGUGCCAGAUCUGGACCAUCCUGCCGCCUUCCAAAGCCAGCAGGUCCGAGGGGCCCGUAGGGUGUCCAAAGGGUCCCAGCGGGCGUUGCUGACCAGCUGCCUGUCUGAAGACGGCACCAUAGAAGGCCUGGACCACGGUCUUGAUGUCAACACACCAAAAGGGAGCCGCAGGAACUUCAUCGAGCUGAUGAUGAAUUGUUCUCCUCAGGUUCGGCGGUCUCUCAUCAGUCGGGGUCCGCGCCUUCGAGACUCGAUGAGGAGCGACGGCGACUCGGCGUCUCUCCUCUCCUCGGCCACCGACGAGGACUGCGCCUCGGUGACGCUGGACCCGAUGGAGCACGAGUGGAUGCUGUGCGCCUCGGACGGCCUGUGGGAGAGCCUGCAGCCCCUCCUGGCUGUGGAGGCCGGCCUGGUGACCAAGAGAGACUUCGUCACCGGCUUCACUUGCCUCCACUGGGCGGCCAAGCAGGGCAAGGCAGAGCUGCUCUCCCAGCUGCUGACGUUCGCUAAGGGCAACGCCGUGCCCGUCAACGUCAAUGUGAGGUCCGGCGCUGGAUACACACCUCUACACCUGGCAGCCAUGCAUGGACACAUUCACGUGAUGCGCGUGCUGCUGUCCGACUGGGAGGCGGACCCCGAGGUGAGGGAUUACAGCGGCAGACGAGCCAUUCAGUACCUGCCCGCACCGCUGCCUGCAGACCUGCAGGACCAAGGAGCGGUCACCUCGCCGGGAGCCGAGUCCGAACACGCCAACGUCAGUGGCGGCGGGGCACGUGGCUGGAGGUUUCCUAAAGUACUCCAGGGAGCUCUAAACCCGCUGCGCCUCCUUAGCCCACCAGCCGGGGACGCCGAGGAGGUGCUCGCAAAUGGGAGGACCAAGGGGGGGAUGCUUAGGAAGUCGUCUCUCAGCAAAUUGAAUGCCCGGCUGCAUCGGGGGCGACAUAGGGCACAGAUUAUACAUAGCGCCUCCUUCAGGGACACGGGCGAAGUAGGGAGAGGCGAUGAGCUUGCCAGCAGCACCCCACAGCGAACACGGCCCCUCUCCAACCUAUUUGGAUGAAGCUGCUCUAAAGCUCCUAGUAAUUUAUCAUGAGUUUAUAUUAUAGGAUUUUUAUAACUUCAAUUUAUUAUAUAUUGUACAGCCAAGCCUUUUUAAUGUUUUUAAGUAAUUGACCCUGCUUUUCCAGGAAAUGCAUUAGAUUUUUAUUCUUAUUGUUCAAACCUUCAAUAACGGACUAAUUUAUUUAGUUUUUUUUAAUUAAUUUUUUUUUUUUGGGAUACACUAUCUGAUUAAUUUAUUUUAAUGACAAUGAAUGAAUGCAUCCUUGAAUGUGUUUUUUUUAUUUUUUAUUUGUGGGAUGGCGCAAAGGGAAGUUUGUAAUUUCACACUGGUGGAAGAUUUGAUCACUUUAAUCAAAAAUGGUGUUUAAUAUAUAUAGUAUGAGGUUUUCCAUCCAUUUUAUUUAAUUGUUCAGAAUUAUUCUUCUUUUAUACUUUGGUACAGUUGUUCUAUUUGCACUUGUCACUUUCAAGAUUGUAAGCACAUAAGUGAAGAACUUGCUCAAACUAUAACCAUGACAACUGCUGUUUAAAAUCCUACACAAUUAACAUUUAAAACCCAGUUCAUGUUUCCCUGUGCUUUUCUCUAAAAUUACGUGUCAUGUGGUUGCACUGAUGGGGGAUGCUUUGGCUUUGGCCUAUUCAUAUUAUUUAAAGACACUAAUCGGUAGCACAACCAGGCUGUUUUACAUUUUUGUGGAGGCAAUAUUGUUUUUUUCUAACACACAUCAACUCUUAAUAUUUUUGUUGUUGUGCUUUUUCUGCUACCAAGUAUGCAUAUUCUUCCAAGCAUGAUUGGAAAUGGUGAAAUGUUUUUUUCCCCACUUAUCUCAUAUUGUGCCUCUUGAAACCUGCUGAAUUAAUGUCAGUAAAUAUGACACGAUGAGUUCAGGGACCUUGACAACCAGCGUAGCACACAAUAGUAAAUAUGCAAUCAACCAAGCACAGUCACAUUCAAGACUCUGGAAUGCAUUCGUUUUAAAACCGGUGUAACUUGUACAGCUUUGAUCAUUGGGUGUUUGUAGAUAGAAUAUACUGUGUGAUUUGUUGAAGUGCUUGUCAUGUAUGUGAGCCUUUCUUAAAAUGAGGUGAUCAUUACAUUUAUACUGCACUGAUCACCUCAAUUUCCUCAGUUGUACAAAUCACCUGGCCUCAUGUUGUUGUAUAGUAAAAAUGUGUGCAUCACUUUUCACCUGCAUGAGUGUAGGAAACACUGUUUACUUAAUACUGUGAAGUUACCAUCGGGUAAAAACCACUCUCAUUGUUUCCGUCUGUCCCAACCUUAAAUGUGAAAUAAAGCAAU